GAAUUAUGCAACGCUGUCGCUUAGCAACGUAAUGUAAACAAACGUGUUCACUCCGAAUUCGUUACUUCUGCGGGGAGAACGUGAGAAACGAUUGUACAAGAUACUCAAUUUAUUUCUUGGUUAGGUGAGCACCAGGCAAAAAUGUAACUGAGUAGUGUACUACACUCCCAAUGAAAAGUAUUUGAGUAGAAUACUAAACACUCGAAAGAUUAUUAACUGGUUACUUUCAAGGUACUAUCGAGUUCGAAUUUGUGAAUCUUUCGCAAACAAAUACAAACAAAGUGGAGAUAAAAACGGACUCUCAUUCGCACUUCCCUUCUUUUCCCGCGGCGAUAUCUUCUUGGUGCAUGCUCUCCUCCGCGGACAUCUCGUCGGAUAAUGUCGCCCACGCGAAUAUACCCGAUGCUGUGCUCAGAGGAACAUCCAACGCAAUCGAAGGAAACCCUGAAACACACGGAAUAGGUGGCAAACAAAUAUGCCUCUGUUUAAUACAACGAAGUUUACACUGAAGAAACUCCCGAAAAGGAGGAAGACUGCAGUGUCCAACUUCCGAAGAAAACUUGGUCCUCCUCAACUGCAGACGGAAUUUGGGCUCCAAUGUGGGCCUGUUGAGUUGCAACUGGGCUCCCACCGUCUGCAAUUUAAAGACGGCGAAUGGAUAAGUGCACACGAAGGCGCGGAAACGCACAGCCAAGAAUUGGAGCAGCUCACGGAAGAAAAUAAAGUAUUGCAAGAGGAGAAUAAUCGGCUCAGGCUCAAAGUGGAGGUCUUGCUCGACAUGGUUGCCACGGCGGAACUGCGACAGAUGAAAAUGACCAGAUGAAAAAAUUGUCAUCCCACCUAUGUGUUUUCGUAAAUGUGUUCGCAGAGGGACACUGGAUUCUAAACGUUCCAUUCCUACACGA